AGCUCCUCACUUGCUGUUUCCAGCUGGAAUAUACUCGAACGCAUCAGCUAAUUAUAUUGUUAAAAAAUCUAACAAUCAAAGCGACUUCACCCUGUGAGAUGCAGUUGAGUUUGUGAUGUGAUUCAGUCUCAAAGAGGUGCCGAUACAAAAGAAGUUAGCGGAUUUUGUGGUCAAACAGUUUGUGAUAACGCCAUCAUCCUUAUCAGAUUGUUGUGACUAAGUACGGUUGCAGAAAAAUGGAUUGGAGCUGCUUCAACUGGUUGAUAGAUUUGGUGCCUGCAGUGGAAAGAGAACUAAUGUUGGACUGUGGUCCGGAGAUUCCGUCCAGCCCCACCGAAAAUGCUGACAGUGCAGAGAUACAGAGCGAGCCAUUAUGCCUUACCACGCUGGAGCCUCCUCCCUACAACAUGACCUGCGCACCACUUGACAUGACCACUGUGAACUACGCCAACAGUUGCCAGCCUCCACCGCUAGUCAGCGCCACAUCAACUCACGACAGCGCAUGCGCAGUAGAUUACAACGCAUGCGCAGCAGAUUAUAACAGCGUACGCGCACCUACUGACCACAACGCAUGCACAGCAAAUUAUGACAGCGCAUGCGAACCUACUGACAACAGCGCAUUCGCAUCUACUUAUGACAUCUCAUAUGCACCUGCACCUACUCAUGACAGGGCACCCGCACCUAUUGACGAUGGCACAUACGCACCUACUGAUGACAGCACAUGUGUACCACCUCAAGGCACCACAUGCGUGCCUACUCGCAAAACAACCAGAAGCCAGUGGAGAGCGCGACAGACUCAAUCAGAUAAAGAUUACAAGAAGACAGCAUGUGACAGAGAGCGAACAAGAAUGAGAGACAUGAACAUCGCGUUUGAUGCUCUCAGAGAUAAAUUGCCGUUAUGCAAGCCUCCUGGCAAAAAACUAUCCAAGAUUGAAUCCCUCAGGAUGGCGAUACGUUACAUCAACCACCUACAAGGGUUGCUUGAAUUUGGCAACGAAUACGACGACCGUUUCCUGCCUUGUGAGCAUUCCUCCCCCGAAGGCCGCGACGACCUCACACCUCCGCCGCCCACCCAAUGGGCCCCCUCUGCCCCCCUCUACUACUACCAGAGUCCACUCACCAUUCCCCCAACAGCAUCCAUACCACCAUUCAGCAGUUACACUGUUCCCUAUACACCAUAUCACACCACUGCUUACAACCAUUGAUCAAUGUAUAAUUCAUUCAAUUUUGUGUUAUUACAUUGUGAUGUUUUAUUUCUAGUAUAGUAGGCCUAAAAGAAAAAAUGUAUGUAUAAGAUUAAAAUGUGUUUAUUGUAAUGUUUUCUUUCUAGUAUAGAAGCCUACAAUUUAAAAAAAAUGUAUGUAAACUAUAAGAAAGAAAAUGUUUUUAUUGAAAUGUUUUCUUUCUAGUAUAGUAGGCAUACAAGAGAAAAAACGUGUUCCCUUUUUUAAAGGGAACGUAUUCCAUUUAUAAAGGGAACGUAUUCCCUUUUAUAAACCUUUCAAUUUUGAACAGUGUUUUCUUAUAUUUAGAAUUACUCACACUCUGCAUUCAGACUGCAAGCAUUGCCUUUGCCUAACCUUUGGGGUCUCUCAAUUCAAUUUUAAUUCAUGAUUUUUUAAAAAUCUAUAUUGUAUGAUUUCUUUUUUUAAUUAAAUUAGAUUGAAUUUUAUUUUAGCCUAGCUUUAUAUUGUUUUGUAUUUGAUGGCAAUUAUAUCUAUAAUUUAUGUUUCAUAUUAUUUAUUAUUUUGUCAUGAAGGAGAUUGAUGAUUGAAUGAAAUGUUUUGUGAGUGAAUGAAAAGGACUAAUGAAUGAAGUAUUGCAAACCAUAUGAAUAUUAUUUUUUGCUUAUUCGAAAUUGACUGACGAUUGGAAUGAACUACCAUAUGAAUAUUAUUUAUUUGUAAGAAUUUCGAAAUGAACUGACCACUGAAAUAUAUACCAUAUAAAUAUUAUAUUUUUGGAAGUUAUUCGAUAUCUUUCCAGAAAAAAGCUGGCAUAUUAUGUGCCUUAAAAAUUUAAUCAAGUUGUGUUUUGAAUUUGAAAUAUCUAUUUAGAUUUUAAUAAAAGUUCUAAGAGAAUUAAAUACUGUUUCCAAUUUAUUUUUCGGAUUAAUAUAUAGUAUAAUAAUAAGUAUAGUUAUGUGCCUUGUGUAAAUAGAAUGCAGAGUUGCAGACUGCUGCA